AAUGAACAUGCAGAAACUGAGAGAGGGUUCAGUUCAGUUCAGCUUCAGUCGCCCCUAAACCCCAAUCCACGCCGGCCCAAAAUGCCCCGCCGCCUAGCUACGACCUACGCCGGCCGCAUCGCCGCCGCGACGCCGUCCCCCUCGGGCCCUUCCAUCACCGUCACCGUCUCGCCGACACCGGCCCCCACCCCUCUUGACACGCGCGGAUAUUCCCUACCGCGCCGCCACCUCAUCUGCGCCGUUGCCCGAAUCCUCCGCUCCCCGGUGUCACACACCCCGCUGCUUGACCUCGAUGACUACCUCCGCUCUCUCCGCCUCACUCUCACCACCGCGGAGGCUUCUGAGGUCAUGAAGGCGCUCGCCCCCGACACCUCUCUCGCGCUCAGCUUCUUCCGCUUCGCCGCCACCUCCCUCCCCGGCUUCCGGCACGAUGCCUUCUCCUAUAACCGCAUCCUGGUCCUCCUCUUCAGCAACCGCGCCGAUCCCGCCGAGGCCAUGCGGCUCAUCGCGGAGAUGGAGCGCGACGGCGUGCCCGGCAACAUCUCCACCGUGAAUUUGCUGGUCGGGAUGGGCGUGGAGGUGGGGAGGUGCCUGGACCUGGCAAGUAAGUGGGGGCUCAGGCUGAACGGGUACACCUACAAGUGCCUUGUGCAGGCGCAUCUGAGGAGUCGGGAGGUGUGGAAGGGGUUCGAGGUAUAUGAGAAGAUGCGGAGGAAGGGCUACAAGCUGGACAUAUUUGCAUAUAACAUGCUGCUUAAUGCGCUUGCCAAGGCUGGAAUGGUUGACCAAGCUUACCAAGUCUUUGAAGAUAUGAAACAAAACUACUGUGAUCCAGAUGCAUACACAUACACUAUACUAAUUAGAAUGUCUGGAAAGGCUGGGAAGACCACUAAAUUUGUCUCAUUGUUGGAGGAAAUGGUGUCCGAAGGAUGUGUUCUUAAUCUGAUUGCUUAUAAUACUGUUAUUGAGGCUCUUGGUAAGAACAAGAUGGUUGACGAGGCGAUUUUUAUGCUUUCUAAAAUGAUUGAGAGUGACUGUCGGCCCAAUCAAUUCACAUAUAGCAUUAUGCUGGAUGUUUUAUCAACAGGGGGACAACUCCACAGGUUGAAUGAGAUUCUAGAUAUUUGUAGUGGAUGUCUGAAUAGGCCAGUUUAUUCUUAUUUGAUCAAGGCACUCUGCAAAUCUGGUCAUGCAAGUGAGGCUCAUAGUGUAUUCUGCCGUAUGUGGAAUUCCCAUGAAAAAGGAGACCGGUAUGCUUUUGUAUCAAUGCUUGAGGCACUAUGCAAUGCAGAAAAGACAACAGAGGCUAUUGAUCUACUGCAUAUGAUGCCUGAAAAGGGGAUUACUACAGAUGUUGGAAUGUAUAAUAUGAUAUUUUCUGCUCUUGGGAAGCUGAAGCAGGUGUCUUUCAUGAGCAGCCUCUAUGAUACGAUGAGAGCCAAUGGUGUUGUUCCUGAUGUUUUCACGUACAAUAUUAUGAUUUCAAGUUUUGGUAGGGUUGGCUUAGUUGAUAAGGCAUCUGAACUUUUUGAGGAAAUGGAGGAUGGCAGUUGCAAGCCUGAUGUCGUCACCUAUAAUUCUAUGAUAAAUUGUCUUGGGAAAAAUGGAGAUCUCGAUGAAGCCCACAUGCUUUUCAAAGAUAUGCAAGAGAAAGGAUAUGAUCCUGAUGUCUUCACUUACAGCAUAUUGAUUGAGUGCUUUGGGAAAUCCAAUAAGGUUGAUAUGGCAUGCAGCUUGUUUGAUGAGAUGGUUGCACAGGGGUGCAUUCCUAAUAUUGUAACCUAUAACAUUUUACUAGACUGUUUAGAGAGACGAGGGAAGACAACAGAAGCUCAUAAAUUUUAUGAAACUCUGAAGCAACAGGGAUUGACUCCAGACUCGAUAACUUACUCAAUACUUGAGAGAUUGGAAAGUAGAUCUCAACGAACAGUAAGAAUACGUAAACCAAGCCGGAAUACAGGCUGGGUUAUAAGUCCAGUGUGAUAACCUACCCUGGAUCUUUCAGUUGCAUACCUCCGGUGUAGUGGGGCUGAGGACAAAUAGUCUGUAUGCAUUAUGCAAACUUGCAAGUAUAUUGCUGGUCAAUAAUGUCAGCAAGUGACUACUCAAUUACCGUGAAAACAAUAUAGUAGUCCUGACUCAUCAGAAUUAUAUGUAUAUAAUAGUAUUGCAUGGCUGCUGAUAUUUGAUAUCUUGGUUCUGAACAAUUCGUGGAAGAUGGACAUCUUGAGAACAGGUAAAAACAUCUCUACUUUGUCAUCGUAUUAGAGGAAUGAUUUCAAGAUGUGAGGAUCUAUCUUUGGAAGCUCAGAGUUAGUACCUAGAUUCAUAUUUGUUAAAACCAGAUCAGGCCAGCAGUUUAGCUCGGAAAAGAUGGAACCAGAGAACCAGUUAGUUCUGGCUGCAGUUUUGGUCUUUGGAUCAUUUUUUAUGCAUCUAAAAAACUAAGGCUGGUGUGGGUCAUAGAUGGAAGGUUGUGUACUUAUGUGCACCGCGGAAGGGAAUUAUGAAGAAGACACGUUCCAUUUUCUCUUUGUGCAACAUCGCUGUAGCCUUGGCAGUUCCUUUACUUAUGUGAAUGUGAAUGUAUGUGAGAACUGUUCCUGUUCAGAUGAAACAUAACCUUCUCCUUAAUCUGCCAACAAGCUUUAGCAUAGCAAAGUACUCUUUUAUUAAAUCUUUUGAUGUAUACAAUUGUACAUUAGCCUAGGAAAAAGUUCUCCUUGAAUAGUGGAAAGGAGUUGUGCGAUCAGCAAGCGUAUUCGUAACACUGUUCGAUUUGCUUUCAUAUGAUUUGUUGUUAAGUAAGGUGUUAUGAGAAAUGACUUUGCCCUCAGUGCACUAUUUGUUCAA